AUGUCCGAAUCCAAAAAACCUCGAUUGAAAAGUAGUACAGAUCCAAAGAUGUGGAUGAAAUGGUACGAGGAGCUUUCAAGUGAAGAGGAAUGUGAUUUAGAUGAAGAAGAUGAAGACGAGAUAGAAGAAGAUUUUGUAGAGAACAGCGAUCAUCAAUCAGAAUCCGAGCAAGACAUUUCUUCAGAUGAAGAUCAGGGCAUACCAGACCAAGACACAGCAGCUGUGGAAGAAAAUAAGUGUGGAGGUUAUUAUCUUGGCAAAGAUAAAAUAACCAAGUGGAAAAAGUAG